AUGCUGCAGAGAACGCGCUCUUCAUGCCCCUUCCCCCGGCCAAUCGUGUCCGAUUCAGGCAGACUAAGCUGGGAUAAGUACCAGCUGUACAUCCCAGAGAGCGGACACAUGGUCCUUGUCGACAACGCACUCGCAUCAGAGCUAGACCCCGUUCCUCCAGUGCUCGAUUCUAUGGAAGGCUUUUUUUACCUGCUGAAGACCUUCUACAGCGGUACGCGGCAAUAUCGCCUGCGCCCAGGGGAUCACACCAGUCAUUAUCUAACCCAGCACGUCAUCAAGGGAAGAGACGGUGUCCAUAGCUCUUGUGGCAGUGUGAAGGAUAGAGCUCUUCUCUUUCCGCAUAGAUCCGGGGACGGCACCGGGUUUCUUCUCACCCUCGAGCUUGAGGUCAACGAUCAGACCAGUCAGGCUGAUUAUCUUGCCCGGGGCAAUCGACCCGAGAUCGACCUGCAGUGCGGUCGGGAACCUCACCAGUCCGUCGGGGAUACGCACUUCUGGGGAUUGAUCGCGCUGGAGGCAUUGCGCUACGUCUUUCGUAAGACGUGCGUGGACCUGACUAAAGCCGAAGAGAGCGUGUCUCGUGUCGUAAACUCGUUUACCGACACGGUCAAUGAGGCGCUCUCGCGCUCUCCCGCAGGGACCCCUCUCGCCCCGGAGGACGCAGAACAGCGGGUGCCUGUGCUCGCCGUCAACACGCUCGGUCCAUACGGGUACCAGGUCGACGAGGAAAGCGGCGAUACACGGCUCGGCAACCGCCCAGCUUUGUUCGAGACAAACACGGGCGCCACCUCUGCGAGAGGAGCCUCACACAGCUGCUCGGCAGGUCUCAGAGGCACGCGCCGGCCCUGCAUCAUGUCUGUCCUGACUGUCACCUGCUCCACAGCGGACAGUAUCAGAGGUCGUCCUUCUACACCAUUUGCUACAAUUCGACGCAAGGAUUCCCGAGGCUGUGCAGAAUACGCCCUGGGACGACAACAUGAAACCCUUCAUUAUGGAGAGAGAGCAUCCGUCCCUGUGGCGUUGGCUAUCCUUAUUCUUCUCGCAGAUCUCCUUCGACGCCUAUCCUUCCACGUGGUAGGGCGGAUUGCUACCAGGCCAACAUGGGCGACACCACACCCCGCCAACGCGGGCCAUACACAAGCAAGGAGCUCGAGUUCAGCCGAGUGGAAGAGGGUCAUGAACGACCCAGUUGAGUUGCUUCAAUACUUCGGCCUUGACGCGACCAAACAAGCUGGCAUGAUCGAGACCCUGAUCUAG